AUGCCGACAACGGCAGCAGAUCAGGAGCAUCAGUUUUUGCUGGAAGACUUUUUGAAUACCUGGCUUACGGAAGAUCCGGAGAGGCUGCCGGGUAUUCGAGAGAGCAAGGCCAAAAGCCUGUUCAAGGUUCCAGAUGAGGGACCUGACAGUGCGGUGCUCCAAGUCCUGUGCCACCGGUAUGCAAUGUUCCCAGCGGGAACCAAGCGCAAAGUGCUCAAGGACUGGGCUUCGACAGAGGCUGGCACUAUGCGGGCUAUGGCAAUCCAUGCACUUCUUUUGACACGCAAAGAUGUGGACCAGGUCAUUGACGACAGCCUGAACGAGGCAAUGCAGCAGGACCCAAACUCCCCAUGCAGUUCCUUGCCGGCUUCCGAGACCGACAUGGAUGUGGAUAUGGUGGGUGACAGUGAUGCACCCGAGGAGCCGAUGCCCUUGCCGAUUCCAAAUGCUGGAAAAAAGGCUAUGCGGCCUCCUAUCGAAGCUGUGCAGCCCGAACUCCCCAGCGAUUUGCUCCCCGGCCUGGCUGCGCAAAUCCAGCCGAACUUGUCCGCACAGGGCCCAGAUGACGACCUGGUGCAGGCUCAGCGCCAGGUGAGAGAGAAGACGAGGAUCCAGGCAGCAGCCAAAGUACUGGCCAAGGAUGCCGAAACCAAGCAGGACAAGCCAGCAGCAAAGGCCAAGGGCCGAGGUCGGGGAAGGGGUCGGGGCCGCCGCCAGCAAGAACCCAAGGAGCAAGAGCCAAGCAGCGAACAGGCCCCAAUGGAGCAAGAGCCAAGCAACGAACAGGCCCCGAAGGAGCAGGAGCCAAGCAGCGAACAGGCGCCAAAGGAGCAAGAGCCAAGCACAGUAGAGGAACAGGAGUCGGACAACAACGAAACCACAAAGCCUAAGAAGCCAGUCAGGGGAAAAAAGGCAUCCAAGUCGACCCCGGAAGACAGCCCAUACGCAGCCCAGUGGCAGACGAAGGCACUGGAGCUAAAGGAGGCUGGCAUACCCAUCCCGGCAACGUUUCACGGACAGACCAAAAGCUUUACCAUUCCGCCGAGCCAUGCCGUGUGGCACGAGAAUCAGCUCUAUGUCAUCAGAUCCAUGGUGGAAUACCAGGGCAUCAAGAUCAACAACAAGAAUCCGAAAGGCUCCACUGUGUCCCAGCGCAAGCACGGUGGCUGGGCACGUGCUUGGGAGUUAGCCCAAGUCGUUGCCGGUUGGGUGAGGGCAUCUUGA